AUGAACGCCCAUAGGAUUGUCAUAGUUGGCGACUAUGGCGUUGGUAGGUCGUCUCUUGGAAUGCGCGUCAUGGAAAAGGAGCUCCCGGACCAUAUCUCUUAUUGGGGGCUUAUCGAAGGCGACCCCAUCCAAGUUCCUUGCUUCAACAAGAUCGUUGAACUGGAUAUCCAAGUUCCAAUGAGCAGCGAGCGCUACAACCGACUGCUUUCGCUGUCAUAUACAGCUGCGUGUGCGGUUGUAUUUUGCUACUCUGUAGAAGACCCAAGUUCGCUGGAGUAUGUGGAGUCGCAAUUGUGGCUAGAGAUAUUGCAUCAUAACCCCAAGCUGCCACUUAUUCUCGUUGGGACGAAGAAUGACCUUUCUCGUAAGGUCGCUGUUGACGAGUAA